GAAACGCCAUGAGGACUGCUUUUCGAGUUUUAAAUGCCGACGAAGUGGAAACGGGGUCUCGGGGCGGCAUGGACGGGGCUAUGGCUGCUCAACCAGCUGAUGGAGCAAGGCCAAUGGUACAUCUACCAUUUUCAGACAGCAGCUCUUCUUCCUGUGACGAUAAUGACGUGCCUGGUUUUAAUCCAUUGGAAUUGUCUUGUACCACGCAACAAUUUAACUUUAAUUUAAAUGCCAUGCAGGUAAGCACGCCACAAAAUAAGAUUCAUAUAAGUGAAGUAAGCAAUGAGCAAGAUCUACAUAGCACUAAGAAAAGACUAUUUGGUGACAAUAAAUUACAUGAGGACAAAGCGCUAAGUACUAUAUUAGAAGAAAAAAGUGGAUGUAUAUCAAGAGAGAUUGUGCCGUGGAGUUUAGAUCAGUUUAUAGAAUCAGUUGUGCUGAAUGAUAUCCAACAGAGGUUUGAGGACACAAGAGAAGUAAUUUGGCGAGAAGACUAUAAACCUAUUUUGGAUAAAGUUACCAGAAUAUGCUCUAGAGUUAAAGAAACUCUUCAAGAAACCCAACAAAAUUUGAAAGUCGCCAGUAUCCAGAAACCAGACCCAAUAAAGAGAUUAAAAGAACUCUAA